AGAAACACGCGGCGCGCGGCUCCGCGAGCACAGUCGCACCCGACACGCGCGGCAACCAGCCGCAUGGCCUCUUCGUCGUGAUCGGCCGAGACAGAGACGAGAAAGAGACAGCCCGAAGACGAGAUAAAGACGAGUCAAAGACAGCCCGAAGACAAGAAUCUCAUUCGCACGAUUUGCAGCGAUGCCGCAGCAGCGACGCGGCCCGAACGCUGUGGCCGCGGCCGUGGCCGUGGCCACCGCGGACGCGAGCGGUGCACGCGAGACCACUUGCUGCGUGCCUGGCGAGUGCCUGAUGCCCGAGCAGCCCAUCAGCCUCGAGGAGCUGGCCGAGGACGUGGUGAAGGUGGUCUGCAACGACGACCACUGCACCCUCGGCCAGUUCAUGCACCAGGCCUGCUUCGACUCGUGGGAGCAGCAGGUGUUGCAAUUCCUGCGGUCGUGUGGGCGCGCGCGCAGCUGGUCGGCAAAGCAGCGGCAUCAAAACCUGUGGACCAAAAAGGGCUACGACCUGGCAUUCAAGGCGUGCGGCUGCCGCUGCGGCAGAGGACACCUGAAGAAGGACCUGGACUGGACGCCGCCGCGGCCCGCCGCCGCGCAGCAGGUGGUGAAGGAGGAGGCCCGCAACAAGAAGAAGCGGCAGCGGCAGAAGCAGCCCAAGCCGGCGUUGGCCACCCCCAGCCGCCCCGAGGCCGACGACUCCGGCAAGCAGCGCAACAGGGCCGGCUCGGCCUCGUCCAACAGCUCGUCCGGCUCGCCCAGCACCGACUCGCCCACUUCAGGAGCCAAGCGGCCCACCAAACUGCUCGAAACACCCACAAAGAGCCCGUCGGGAAAAGGCUUGUUCGCUCGGCGGCAGGACUUCUCGUCGUUCAACAUCCUACCCAGACACAAGGUCAACUCGUACCACAUCAAGGUGGACGACGAGGAGAAUCACGGGAUGGACGACGUGCGCAACAUGAUCCUGGCGACGCUGAGCAGCGCCAAGUGCAGCCGCGUGUGCUGCCUGGUGUGCGAGACGCAGAUGUGUGUGUACGACCGCUACCCCCUGCUGGACGGCACCUUCUUCCUCAGCCCGCGACAACACGCCGAGCAGCACUGCUUCAAGCUGUUCUACAAGAACCGCAUCCAGUUCCUCUACGCCGUCUGCAUGGGCUGCCUCGAGGGCUGGCGGGCGCGCAUCGAGUGUCGGACCUGUCGCCGCCGCUGGGACGGCUCCUCGCUGGUGCUUGGGACCAUGUACUUCUACGACAUUUUCUCCGCCACCCCCUGCUGCGAGGACCGCGUCAAGUGCAACACGUGUGCAAAGCCGCUGAUGAUGCAGCAGGAGCGGCUCAACUUCUUCUCGGACUACUCGCACCCGGUGACCUGCAGCAACUGCCGCUGCACGGACACGCACUUCGUCAAGUCGCUCUUCUCCACCUUCUACCGCACCCUGCUGCCCGCGACCAAAGGCAAGCUGUACUAGAGGCCCCGCAUCCAACCCCGCCCGACCGACAAACCGAAAAACUGACCGAAACGGCUGAAUGAAUUUGGAAAACCAAUAUAUAUAGCGAGUGUGACUGAGAGCACGCAAGUAAUAGCAACUAAGCACUUAUAUAUAUUGUCGUCCUCUGAUUUGGAUCGUUUUUCGUGCGACUUUUACGAGUUUCUGCGGUCUUUAGAUGAUAUUGUUGAGAGAGUAGGUGCAAAACAAGUCAGCUCACGUGUACAGUUGAAGCAAUAUUGAAAUAUGUAUUUACGUGGCUCCCGAACACACACACUUCCAACAACGUCCACUGCCUCAAUUUUCCGGUUAACGAGACAUGAAGAAAGAGGCGCCAACUCGGCCCAAAACGCAGAAAAAGAAUCACCGCCAGUGUACAAAUGGGAGAUUAGAACACAUUACUUAUUAAUAACACUUUGACGUUAAUGUUGACACUCUUAAAAUAUUUAUUCCCGUCGCAUUUAUACCUACAAGCGCUGUUUAGUCCAGAUUUACAGCCGUUGGACUACGACACACUCUACGACUAUACGAAUAAAAGUCAUCUUUUACGUUUUUAAAAGAAAAUCAAAUUAAACCGCCAGCAAAACGUUUUAUAGAAAACAGUUUCGGCUUUUUAUGCGAUAUCGACGACGAAAUUAUUUUAACGAAUACAAUCCGUACGUUUUAAAAAAGAUAAAGUGUUGAUUUUGAUUUGUUACAUGAGACAUUAAAUGGUUGCAGAAUAUUAAUCUCCUCUUUUAUAUUAUCGGAACACCCUCACACCCCCAUGACACAACAUACACAUAGACACACGCGCGCGUAACUACUAUAUAUGUAACUUGAUGUGUAACGCAAAAAAGAAAUCCUACCAGGAGUUGAGAUUUUAUUACCAUUUUACCCCUGCAGUUUUAAUCCAGCAGCACUUUUUAAGCAGAUUAUGCAGUUGUUGCGUUGAUUUUAAUUGCAUUGCAAUCAAUCAGGAAACACACUCAACACACAAUUGAACCAAUGAAAUAGCGCACACCGUCGGAUCGGCCCUUGCGCGCAAUCUUAAGGGUUCACACCCAACCCCAAUUCCAUUUUUGACGCUGCCAAUCGAUUCUCCAGGGUCGAAUUAGGUUCGAUAGCCGAAAUCGUAAACAAACGUAAUGCUCUCAACUUGAGAGCGAAUGAUCUCAAUUCGUUUAUUGGCGGGUUUCCUGUUUGAAUUUAGGUAGAAGAAAAGGGAGCGGCCAUCUCUGAUUGGUCAGAGUUCUGGACAGCAGCAGCUAGUGCUUGUUUCUUGCGCUGGCUGUUGCUGUGGCGCUGCUGUCUACAACCCUGGCCAAUCAGAGAGAGCCGCUCCCUUCUUCUGCCUAAUUUCAAACCGAAAACCCGCCAAAGUAAGGGUUUUUACUGUUUCUACCAAAUUCGACCCUGAGGAAUCGAUUGGCACGGUCAGAGAUGAAAUGAGGAUCAUUAACGAUUGGCAAGGGGCCUAUUUCCCGACAGCAAUACUCACAGACACACGCAUCGUUCUAAAAGGAGAAAUUUUGAAUUGGCAACCUGCAGUACACACACACACACACACAUAAAUAAAGAAAUUCGACGCCCGCGCGCCGCGACGCCGCUUAAAAGUGAGACGACGGGGCGCGGGACUGGUUUUUUAAACAGAUUUUUAAUUGGAAAUAGUACUCUGAGCGUUCUAAUAUCAUUUAAAAAAUGAGAAAAUUGGAAUAUUGGGUUUUAGAGCGGUACAAAUUGCAACCUGCAGAAGAACAAACUUGCUAUUUUGCGCUGUUUGAUUGGAUAAAAAAAGUUUAUCUAUCAGCAAAUCCCACCUAGUGGGCAAACCACAAAUAAUUAUUCUACCCUGUACCUUAGACUUCGUAUUUUAAGUGUUUUUUAAUCGUCUCUAUCGAGUGUGCUUUUUAGCAGAGGACUCAGUUGAAUAGACUUUUACUAGGCGACUCGACUGCUUUCCACCGCACUUUCGGCAGACACAAAAUUCAGGAGCCUGCAAAGUGGCCGCGUUCUCCUUUUCCUUUAAUAUAUAUUCAGAUCUCACGGAACCGAAACGUGUAUUUUCCGUUUUCCUCGGACACUCACUGCUGGAAGAUUAGAAAAAACAAAAAAUACAAAAAAAAAUGGAAUUUUCUUCUCGACCGCUUUUAAUUUGUGGCUUCCAGCACUGAGGUGUCUGAUCAGUACAACUUGCUUUCGCCUAAACCAAAUCGAAACGUGCUAAUUUCGCUGAGUCCUUGUUGCCAUACCUCAUAGUUCCAUUAUUAUUGCAGCUAUAUCACGUACAAACAGUUUGCUUUGCUCAUUUUUGCUCCUACAAAAUGAGAAAACGCAAAAUUUACCUGAUAAACGACACAACAAAAUAGUUGCAACUCUAAAUAUUAAAUUGCGUUUUAUCUCGACGAUAUGUAUGUAUUCAAAUAUUUUAAUUGUUGGUAGUGAGGUACAAAUACGAUGUGGUGAACAAAAGAGAAAUCGGCCGUUUUUUGUUUUCGACGAGAGUAAAAAAAUAAUAAUAAAUAACAUGUUUGCGCUGAUUGCUGCGGCGAUUUCUCUCUAAAUAAACUUAAAAAAUUCAUUUUUCCUUUUUAAUUUGAACACCUAGACAUGAGCAGAGGGGAUUUUUGCGUUGAAUUCAAACAUAUCUCUCACACGUUCGAGAACCUGCUCAUUUUAUUUAUUUUCAAAUCUUGCAAUUCAUGGAGGAGGAUCUUCUUCUGUAAAUAGACUUUCACUUUCACUCUUUAGGGGACAACAACAACGGUUUCGGUUUAAUCUCGGUUUAGCAAGUCUCAAAUUCGGUGUGAAAAGGUUAUUACUCCCGCACUAUGAUAAAUACAGUAUAUUAUAUAUAUAAUUAACGACUAAUAUGGAUAUAUAUAUACAUUAACAAGCGCGGCGAAAAAUUACACUGUUUAUUACACGCAUAGGAACCACCCGGCAAGAAAUUGAAUAUCCAAGGAUAUCCUUCGGAUGUCUGAUUUCUUGCUCGGAAAGAUGAAGGAACUUGAAUUGUGACAUUUUCAGUACAAAUUACGCAAUUGAGUUGAAGUAGUGAUUAAGAAAAUUGGACAAAAAUAAAAUGCUGUCGGUUAACAAUAAGUUGAUAGCCUGUACAGAAUUAUUGAGUAUAUGAUUAGGCGAUUGCGUUAAUUUUUGAUUGACAUAUGAGAUAUGAUACUUGCGGUCCUAAAUUUAAAACUGUCUCGAUAUUUACGCCUAGUUGAACUAUAUCAUAUAGUGAUGAUGUGAAUAAUAUACUCUAUAAUUAUCUCUUUACGAAGCUAUGCGAUAUGAGAUGAAUAAAUACUAUUGAUUAUCUGUGUGAGUUUAUUAAGCGAUUGCUCAAAAGAAAAUGGAAAAGCGAUGACGACAUACAUACUCAAUAAUUAGACAUCAGCAUUUCUUAGUCUGCUGUUCAAUAUCAGUUAAAGCUUUUGCUUUACGAGCUGCUGGCUAGACUAGAGACGAUGCUGAUUCCUCUUGUCUCAAUUUACAUACACUCAUACAUACUUACAUAAAAAAAUACAUACUUAAUUAUGUGAACCAAUCUAUCAACUUGUAGGCAAUUAGAUAAAAUAUAUGAGUUUCAUUGCCUUUAUAUAGCUCAAAACAAACAAACAAAUUUCUCACAAAAGACUCGAUGGUGAAUUUUGGAAACUUUAUAAUAUAGCUGUGUUUUUUGAUAUAUACGAAUAUAUUUUAUUUCUCGGGAUAGUACUUAAUUUUGUAUAAUUUAUAGACACACACACGCACCCCCCUGACCUUUGCGUUCAUCCGAACUACAUUAGUCGUAUACACAUAAUCUAAUUACAUAAUUGGCCUAUAAAUUGAAUACUCCAAAGCCCAAAAUAACCCGUGAAUGGUACUCGAAAUACAUUUAUGCUAAUCGGAACAAAAUCAAUAUCGCGUUAAUUAGUGUAAAAAUAGGCAGACAGCAUUCUAUACUCACUCCAGCCCCAAGUUCAGCAGAUACAGGAGACUAGAUACAUAUACUAUACACGUUAUGUAUACAACACACAGAAUAAUAAUAUACUGAAAAUAUUGUAUAACCUACACCAUAGCAGUGUAUUACAUGUAGCGCAAUAGUUUUAAUUCAUUAAUUCCGGAUAUUGUGCGUCGAAAUUAGCUCCAAACACACACGCCAAGCAGGAUAGCCGCGCGAUUUGCGAAAAAUGCAAGAGCUUAAACAUGAUCAAUGGCGUCCAGACUACACUCAAUGGUCUCGGUGUAGGGAUUUGCAAAAUCAAAUAUCGAUUGUUUCGUAAACGAUAUAUUUCAGGAUUUUUUCUGAAAACCUCAGAAAAAACGUAAUUUUCCCGCGCUUUCCGAUAUUUUCCACGCCUUAUUAUAUUUUGUCCAAAGAACCACGCCCCCAUUCCAUGAAUUUUACGAUUUUACCACCUUUAGAAUCAUGUGUCACGCAUAUUUUAUUAAAAUUUGCGGUAAACCACGCCCCUUUUUGAAAAUUUCCGUGUGUUUUCAGUAAUAUCAUCAAAAUGUAAGAUUUCCCUGCGCUUUUUACAUCACGUGGCUUGGCUUCUUGUAUAUAUUUUACCGGUUAACCACGCCCCCAUUUCAAAUUUACCAUGAGUACUCAGAAAUAUCGUAAAAAAUUUUUCCUCGGUUUUUUUAUAAGUGUCAUGCCUUCUUUUAAAAUUUUCCGUAGAUCCAGGCCCUCCUUUCAAAACUCCCGCAAAUUUCCAAAAAAAAAAAAAAAAUUUCCCGCGCUCUUCUUUUUUCCUGGGAACCACGCCCUCAUUUUAAAAUUUCCCGCGCCAGUUGUCAUGUUUUUUUUGUUAAAUUUUCCAAAACGUUGAGCUUUUCUCACGUGGCCCAUGAUUUAUUGCUGUUAUCCAAGUGGAAAAAAAUUAAAACCGAUUAUGAAUCACCUAAAAACAUAUUUUUUGUGUGUUUGAAACAACAAUCGAGUAUUUUUGCACAUCCCUCUACGCAUGGGGCUGACAGACGAUGAUAAUUCACGGCUCGAAUUGAUGUCGGAAUGAAAAGGGAAAAAUUGGAACCGCAAGUGGAGGGCGGUGAUUAAAAUAAUAGCUGAGGCUCGAUAUUGCAUGCUCCCCUUUUUUAGUUAAAAAACGCGCGUAAUCAGAUUAAAAGGCAGCCAAUUUUGCGAGCGUAAUUCAUUUUGACAAAUAGCUAAUUCGAGCCGCGGCGUAUAUUUGCCUAUAUUACACAAUGGAGAGAUGACUCACGCAGCCCCCGCCCGCCAUGCGCGCCAUGCCCCGCCAGACCGAUGAUUUAAUUAAUUAAAAAGUCCGACCCUCGCGCAUAGCCGUUAUUUAUUUUGAGCAAUAUGAUCAUAGAGUGAAUGCGAUUCAAACAAAGGAGAAGAACAACACCGCGUUAAAAGAAGUCAAUACACAAUGAUAAAGCAGAGAGGUGAUUUGAUUAAAAGCUCAAAUGAUGUGACGAUGCUUUUAGUAUUUUAUAUAAAUAUAUUUACUAUACACACACUAUAUCUAUUUACUGCCUAGUGGAUCGGAGCCUACUUCAACUCUCGCAAAUAUAAAAAUAAUUAAUUACGCAAACUGAUGCUUUUCAAUCUCGACGGAUCGUAACAAAAUUUUGUAACACCUUUUUACCGAGCAUUUCCAGGUGAAAUUCGAAUGCUCCCGGCUUUUGGAACGCGAAAUUUUGUACCGAUAUAUUAUAAGUAUAAUUAUAUAAUUACUGCCUUAGGUUUUCGGAAAAACACAAUUAUAGCAUAAAUAUGUAACACACGCACUUUAGAGAAAUCCAAAAUUUGAUGUUGUCAUCGUGCUUUUUGAUACACACACAAAUUAUGCCAUUUAGCUGGUAAGAACGUACUUUUAAGGGUGCAACUUGAAAAUUAACGGGGGCGUCUAUGGAGUUUGAGAUUAAAGACCGUCUUUGACGAAGUUUCUGAGCGCACCAAUCGAUUCCUGAGGGUCGAAUCAGGUGAAGUGGAUAUUUUUUCCGACCAAAAAGUCCAGCGCGACGUGCGAACUUUUUUCCCGCCAAAACAAUUUGAAUGCGAGAACUGCGCAUGCGUCAGAGGUGGCUGGAUCUGACAAAGAAGUCAAGUGCUCAAACCAGCUCUGACGCAUGCGCAGUUCUCGCAUUCAAAUUGUUUUGGCGGGAAAAAAGUUGUUGGUCGCGCUCGAUCGGCUUCUACGGUCUUUUAAGACGGUCUUUAAGCGCGCUGAUGUAUGUACAUGUAUAAACUGUUGAACACCCACACCUACACACACAAGUUGAGUUAUGAUCCUGAAAUUUAGCAAUAUUUUUGUAAAAGAACGAGGUUAAAGAGGAGGGGGUGACUCAAUAAACCGACGAGAACCCGAAAUAAAACACCCGCAUUUUGGCUGAGAUACACUUAUUUUUGUAGACAUGAUUUUUGUUGCGUGUCGAAAACAUAUGUGAUUCUUUAUUUUGUAAA